UUUUGCUAAGUGAAUAGUAAUUUUGCUCUGUGCGUGUGAGAAAAGGAAGAAAAGAGGGUCGCCUAUAGUGGAGUGCUGCUGGGUUGGAAGAAGGGUACGAGGCACUUUUUUUAUUAUUAUUGUUCGUACAAUCUGCCCAUUAUCCAGCUCCUUAUCCUGGCGAAAGGUUGAAAAGGGUAAAAUGGAGGCGGAUAGAUCCGGCGGAGGACCAAACCCGAACUCCGGAGGCAGCAGCAGCAGCAGCAGCGGAGCGGGGCGCAACCCAAACGGGCCCAAAGCAGCACCGGGCCAGGCGACAUCAGCUGCGGCGACCGGGGCGAUGGCAGCAGCAGCGGCGGCCGCGGCGGCAGCAGCUGCAGCCGGGGCCAUGCCCGGAUCAUCGUCGCAGUCUCGGGAGCUCCAGGACGGGGACGCGGGGAUGACGCUUCCUGGGAUCCUUCACUUCAUCCAGUACGAGUGGGGACGCUUCCAGGCCGAGAAAUACCGCUGGGAGGCGGAGAGAGACGAACUCAGGGCUCAGGUGGCGUUCCUACAGGGUGAGCGGAAAGGGCAGGAGAAUAUGAAACAGGACCUGGUGAGGCGGAUCAAAAUGCUAGAGUACGCCCUCAAACAAGAGCGGGCUAAGCACCAGAAGCUGAAGACAGGAAACGACCAGAGUCCCGGAGACAAGAAACCAGAAACAGAAGCAGACCAACUUCCCAAUGGUCCGGCUGAGUCAGACUCUGAGCCAGCCAAUCAGAUGUCCUGGAAGGAGGGACGUCAGCUACUACGCAAAUAUCUUGAGGAAGUGGGUUAUUCAGACACCAUCCUGGACAUGCGGUCUAAGCGUGUGCGCUCGCUGCUCGGGAGGAGCAGCCCCGAAGCUAACGGGCCUCCACCCAGUGAAACCUGCAGCGAGCCCGAGCCCCGGGCAGGCGGAGAGUCGUUGCUGGUCAGACAAAUAGAGGAACAAAUCAAGAGCCAACAGAACAAGAUGCAGAAAAGAUCUCUAAAACGGAGGGCAUCCUCCAUCAUGACAACAAGGAACGCAGGCAAGGAAAGCUCUAAGGAACGUCUGGGCGGCUCGGUGCUCGAUAAGAUCCCCUUCCUGCACGGCUGCGAGGAUGAUGACGAAGACGACAGUGACGAGGAAGACGACUUCCAAGGCAUGGCAACGGACUGCAUCGAUGGACCGCGCAAGAACAAGAAGUCACGCGUAAAGAUGGGUUCGGAGCCCAUGACCACAGACCUGGACCCGGAGGACGAGGAGGACGAAGACGACUCGGAAGACGCCCUCAGUGAAUUUGACUUCCUGGGCUCGGGGGAGGAUGGGGAGGGGGCGGGAGAGGCCCGGAUCUCGGGGGACGGACGGGAGUUAGAGAACCGCAGGAACAAACUACAAGGCAUGAUGUCGGACUUCCCCCCUAAACCGACCCCGCCCCCCUCCGUACCAGGCCAGGCUCGCUCCGGAGAAGGUGGAGCCCUGGGUUUCUCCUCUGAUGUGUUCAUUAUGGAUGCUGUUGGAGGAGGAGACAUGAACCUGGGUGAACUGGCCGAUCUCACCGUUGCCAAUGACAACGAUCUCUCCAUGGAUAUGCAGGAUAACAGAGAGGAGUUUAAGAAGACGUGGAACCCUCGCUUCACACUACGCAGCCACUUUGACGCCAUCCGAGCUUUGACCUUUCACCCAAGCCAAGCCGUGUUGCUCACAGCCUCUGAGGACGGAACACUAAAAUUGUGGAACCUCAACAAGGCCAUGCACUCUAAAAAGAACGCAGCCUUGGAUGUUGAGCCCAUCUACACGUUUAGAGCACACAGUGGAGCGGUUCUGGCGUUGACCAUGGGCGAGGACGGAGACUCCUGCUACAGCGGAGGUCUAGAUGGAAGCGUCAGAUGUUGGAAGAUGCCAGACCUCAAUGUUGAUCCUUAUGAUAAUUAUGAUCCUGGCAUUGAGAGCAGCGUCCUGGCCGGCCACGAGGACAGCGUGUGGGGUCUGACCUACUCGGCGGUCCACCAUCGUCUGGCCUCGUGCUCCGCCGACGGCACCAUCCGCAUCUGGGACCCACAGAACUCGUCUCCCUGCCUGUCUGUCUUCAACAAGGAAAGAGAGCAUGGAACUCCCACCUCUGUAGCCUUCGUGGCCACCGACCCCAACCAGGUGGUGGUGUCGUUUGAUGCUGGAGAGACGCUGCUGUACGACCUCAACACGGAGCAGAGCAUCAUCACGCUAGAGACCCAGACCAAGGAUGGUAGCGAGCUGAUCAACCGUGUGGUCAGUCACCCGUCGGAGCCCGUCUCCAUCACUGCACAUGAGAACCGAACCAUCCGCUUCCUCGACAACAACACAGGUAAAGUUGUCCACUCAAUGGUGGCUCACCUGGAUGCGGUCACCUGUCUCACUACAGACCCUAAAGGCACUUACCUCAUCUCUGGCAGCCACGACUGCUCGGUGCGCCUGUGGAUGCUGGACAACAGGACGUGCGUGCAGGAGAUCACGGCUCACAGGAAGAAGCACGACGAGGCCAUCCAUGACGUGGCCUUCCACUCCUCACAGCCCUUCAUCGCCAGCGCCGGCGCAGAUGCACUCGCCAAGAUCUUUGUCUGACAGAACUGUCGUCAUUCUGAGUCCUACAAAAACAACUGGGCCAAAAGAGACUGAAGACUACAGUGGACAAAUUUCACCUGCUUACACACACACACACACACACACACUUGUCCUGCACCCCACUGGCUGGGUCCUCGCCACAGGAAGUCGCCUCCUUCAGCCCUGUUCUCACUGUUCUCUGAUGCCUCAGUGACUUCUUGUAAUACUAAUAAUCACACUGCUUUUUUUAUAAAAGCCCGGCUGCUCCGUUUUCAAAUGAUCAUGUUUGGAGUAACACUUUUCUACACUACAAUAUUCUGUUCCGCUUGGUUUUUUCAUUCUACCAACACUUAUUACAAACCACCCUGUGUGUGUGUGUGUGUGUGUGAGAGAGUGCGUUUGUUUUGUUUUUUUCACGCUUUAACUGCUGACACACUACUUGCAUUUCACGGAGAAACCUCCGAGGAAACGCUCUCGAUCCACCACCGCAUUUCCUCUUUUUCUAACAAAUUGCUUGUUGCUAACAUGUAGGCAUGACUAAUAACAGUUAUCCUUCCCAGUGUGUGCAGAAAACACCCGACCAACCUGCUCAUUGGGAAUCAAUGUAUUACAUUCCAAAGACUCCAGUUAAGAGAGUGUGUUUAUGUGUGUGUGUGAGUGUGUGUGUGAGUGUGUGGAGGCAUUAGAAAGUUGCUAACCAGUGUUGAACAAAUAGCUUUAAUUUCAACUUUAUGGCCAAGUCUCAUUGUAUGUCUGAGUAUUAUAGCGUCCCCGUGAUUCUGCCUCUAUGUUUGUGUGUGUGUGUGUGUGUGUGUGUGUGUGUGUGUGAGAUAAAAUGUCACUCUGCUGUACAAGAUACAUGAACAUAUUUCCACAAUCAUGGUCCAUUUCACAGAUGUACAGUUUGAACUGGUGUUAAAGAUGUAAAUCCUGAGAGUAGACUUACAGUAGUGAUCAACAAAUGAUGCAGAUUGUGUCACCUAGUGGGGUUUUUUUUACUGUACAGAAAGAGUGUGUGUGUGUGUGUGUGUGUUUGUUUAUGCACUAGUUAAAUCACGGUGCUAUGAGAGACCUUGUCAGUCUUGAGUCAGAAUCAGGGACCUGUUUUUGUGUGCACGUCUGAGAACGAGAGACCGUGUUUCUCACCCGAUCAGGCUGUUGGAGUGGGUUUUAAAUGACAUUUCAUUGUUGAAUCAUUUCAUUAACUGUGGUCACAUUUCAGAAUUAACAGUCACUGUUAAACGUCUCUCAUUGCGGGGACGUGAGUAAUGUCGGCAUCGAUUGUUUCAGGCUCCAGGAGCGUUCAGAGCUGAGGAUGAUUGUUUGUUACGCUGUUCAUUUCAUCUGGAAGUCGGUGCCAGUUUGUAGGAGGUGCUUGUUAUUUAUUCAGGCUUUAAAAAAAAAAAAGAAGCUUGACAUUAUACCUUCACUUGUGUGUUGAGGUGAGGCUCCCUUGUCUUGUUUUUUACGUGCAUUAGUUGCACAGUAGCACAUUAUUACCCAGAGAGCUGAUGGUGUGAAGCUAGUUCUUAAUGCUGGGAGAAAUGGACAAAGAGGAAAAAUCUCUUUUUAAUUCAGCCACUCGUUUCAGAAAGAGAAGUAAAAGAAGAAAUACGGAAGCCCUCGUGAACCAUUUUCUGUCUGAUCUAAAUCGUUUUCAUUCGUGUUUUUUAAAAAGAAAAAUAAGGAUCAUCUUUCUAAAUUUAAUCUGUGAAACAUACACUACUGGUCAAAAGUUUUAGAACACUCCAACUUUUCCAGAAUUUUGUUGAAAAUGAUGCAGUUUAAUGUCUCAUUGUACUCUGAAAUGAACAAUUGAAGUUAAAAAAGAAAUCAUAGAAUCAGUUUAGAAAGGAAAAUGUGUUCUAAACUGUUGACUCAAUGGAAAUCAAAUAUUCUUCAGAAAGUUCUUGCAACUUGUAGGUUGUAAGUGAUCAAGAAAAGUUGGGAAACCUGCAGGAAUUGGUAGCAACUUAGCAACUUUCAAGGCUUGAUCAACCUCCGUUGCUGCAGAACUGCUUUAAGUUUUUAACCCAUUUCUUCCCUGAAAAAGGCCUUUUUCUAUAAUUCUGAAAUGUACAUUCUUUGUCAGUUUUGGUUAACCUUUCCUUUUUUUAUUUACCUCUGGCAGUUCAACACUUACCUUUGUACCCUUUCAAGCUGUUCAUUUGACUUGAACUGCUUGAAUUUCAAUAAAAAACUGGAAAGAUUGGGGUGUUCUAAAACUUUUGACCGGUAGUGUACGUUUAAAAAAAAGUUAUGGUGAACAAAAUUUUAAAAAAAAUCUUUCUUUUUUCAAAAUUUUCUGGGUCAAAUAAUAAUUUCAUGCACCUUAAAGAAAACAUUUUACUCUUAUUUAAACAUGAGGUAGUGGUGUACUUCAGACUUUUGUGGCCAAAAUGUGUAUUACAACAACAAACACUUCAACACAUACUAAAACUUUGAUUGAACUUAAUUUCAUUGGGCGGAAAAAAAGAAAUAAAGUAACUUAUAAAAAAUUAUACUGUCAAAACUUUCAUUUUCCACCUGUUUCCCAGAUGAAAAGGUAACUUUUCUCAACUGUUCUUAAAUCAUAAAUGCGGGAUAGAAAACUAUUUAGACAAGGCUAAGAAAAUGGAUCACCAGAUUUAGUUUUUUCUCAGGGCUUCUGUAAGAAAAUAAUUCUGUCUUGCUGUCAUGGUUCUGCUAUUUUGAACUUAACCCAGAAAAUAUUCAGCUUCAAAACUUUGGAAACAUUGUUCCUUUGAGUGUCUGAUAACUUCAGAAUAAAAGUUUGUUUGCUUUAGGUGACAGCUGCCCCUCAACAGCUGACCUGACCAGUAAUUAUUAUACCUUAUGACCUUGAAAGACUGAUAAAAUCUGGUGUUAAAUCAGUUUAAGGGGCAGCCUCCUUCUCUUCAAGAUUACAGGGUCACUCUAGGGGUCAGAGGUCAGAUCUAAGGGUUCAAAGUAGCCUGGAGGAAAACACUCAAUGGGGACACGAGCAGUCAUAGUUCAGUUUUUCUUCCUGUAACAGGGUGGAGGGCUUUUGUCUGAAAUCAGACAAGAUCCGGGUGCAAAUACAUUAAUGUGCUGCUGCUGGAUGGACUCAGAUUAUCACAUUUAACUACUUUUUGGCUCCACUUUGCACUACAUCUAAUUGUGGAUGCUUCUGUUGCAGACAGGGUGCAGAAAUAAUGUUUUUUUACUGGUCAAAAGUUUUAGAACACACCAACUUUUCCAGAAUUUAAUUGAAAAUGAUACAGUUUAAUGUCUCAGUGUACUCUGAAAUUAAUGCACAUUUGCAACAUUUAAAAUUCUUUAUUGAGCAUGAUAGUGUUUUGAAAGUAAAAAAGACAUUUUAUGUUGGACUAAAGGACUAAAAAAAGACACAAAAUGACCAAAAUAAGACACAAAAUGACUUACAAAGACAUGAAAAGAAUUCAAAAAUGGACAAAAUAGCCCAAGACUCCAUAGAGUUAAGUUGUUAACCCAUUUCUUGUUCCCUGAAAAAGGCCUACUUGUAUAAUUCUGAAAUGUACAUUAUUUUUUAGUUUUGGUUAAGCUUACCUUUUUUUAUUUACCUCUGGCAGUUCACCACUUACCUUUGUACCCUUUCAAGCUGUUCAUCUGACUUGAACUGCUUGAAUUUCAAUAAAAAACUGGAAAAAUUGGGGUGUUCUAAAACUUUUGACCGGUAGUGUAUUUCUUCUUCGAUCUGGAGUGAAUAGUACGAGUGUGGAACCUGCUGCGGCUCACAGUUAUUGAUAGUGAGAGUUACUGAUGGCCCCGUCUCUGAAAAAUAAAGACAAAUCAGUACGACGCAUCAAAAAAGAAAAAAAAGAAAUCGAAACAGAGGUUGUAAAUGAUGACUAGAGAUGCCAUCACGUGCUGUAAAUGUCCAUCAUUUCCUUGUUUUCUUUCUUGCAUUCUUUUCUUUGAUUAUGAAUAUGAUUAUUAAGAUGUAAGAAUACUGUAGUAUCAUAAGUGAAUCAUUCUUCCUUGCUAGGCAUAGAACUUGCUUGUGAUUGAUAAUGACAAUGUAUAACUUGUAAAAAAGAAAAACGAAAAAAACAUGAAAAAUGAAGAAAAUAAGUUUAAAAAAAAAAAUCUGUUACCAGUCAGAGGCCAAGGUAAAGGACUCUCAUUUCUUUGUGUUUUUAUUUUUUUAUUAGCAAUUUAUCACUGUGUGAUAUUUUGUACAUCAUAUUAAGCUGUAUUCAAACUUUCCUCUAACUACAAGGGAUAAGAGACCUGCUUUUUAUUAAUUUUGUUUUAUUAUAUAUUUUUGAACUGCAUUCUAGCUUGUAUCAAAUGACUUUCUCUUUUUGUUUACGGGUCCCCUGUUGUAUGUCAUUAAGGAAGAAAAAAACAAAAAAUGAAGAUUUUGUACAGUGAA